UCAUCUCUUGAGCGUCCGCCUUGUGUAGAGCGCGGGGCUCCGCACAGUCAACAGGAGGCUCGGAGAGACACCUGGCUGAAGAGCCACGAACCGAACCGCGGCGUUCACCCGAGACUAGAGUCCAGUCGCCGACUCCAUGUGCGCUUCGCGCUGGAGUUGCUCCAUUCAGGCGGUGCCGGUCGUACCUGCUCAACCCGGUGCGAAGAAAACGAUGGAGAAGCAGAGCUGAGACAGUUUCAAUUAGAGAUUCUAGGUGGGUUCUCUCUUCAGGGAACUCAGACAGUUUUGGCUCGGUCCAAAUGAGGAGUACAAGUGAUUUGGAAGCGGCGCGAGGUCGCCGCCACGUUGAGGAGCUCUAAGUGCACUUUGCAGGGGUGUGCUGUUAAUUGAAUCGAACCCACGGUUAUCGUCCUCCUCUCCCCCCCCACCCUCGAAUUUGCGGACCUUCAUCAUGACUUCACUUUCGGGCUCCAAGGAGAGAUCCGUGACCGGCCGGGGCAGAAAGUACACGAUGCCUGACACUUCCCCCACCAAAUCAGCCUCCUAUUUCCCGGACACGUGGUACCGAAAGGCUUAUGAGGAAACCACCCGGUCAAGCUCCCGUCCCCCACCUGAGGGCGCUGGCUCUAUGCCCAGCUCUACGGGCACCCCUUCUCCUGGCUCGGGGAUUUCCUCGCCAGGGUCCCUCUCUGGAUCGCCAGGGACCAUCUCCCCGGGGAUUUGCACUGGAUCUCCGGGUUCUCUCGGUGGGUCUCCGGGGUUCGGGACGGGGUCCCCGGCCUCGGGCAGCGGAAGUUCUCCUGGGAGCGAAAGAGGGAUUUGGUGUGAGAACUGCAACACAAGGCUGACGGAGCUGAAAAGGCAAGCGCUAAAACUCCUCAUCCCGGGACCUUACUCCAGCAAGGACCCGUCCUUCCCCCUCCUCCUCCACGAUCAGCUGCAAGUCCCCAACAGUUCCCGUCGGGCAUGGAACGAGCAAGACAGUCGCUGUGACGUGUGCGCCACUCACCUCACGCAGCUCAAACAGGAAGCCGUGCGCAUGGUGCUCACCCUGGACCAGUGGGAUUUGUCUCCCUCCUCGUCCCCUCCUCCCCUCUUUGGGUGCUACGCAUCCCAGGGAGCUCUGGGAGCAUCCAGAUCAAGGGAAUGGCCCACCUUGUUUCUGCCUUCCUCUUCCCCGUCAUCUGCAGCUGCCGUUUCACACGUCACCCGCCCCUCAUCACCGUCACCUUCCCCAAGUCCCAGCCAGACCCCGACACCGAGCCCCAGCCACGGACCGUCCGCCUCGGCUCACGGGAGUCCUUCUGCUGGACAAACGACCUCCGGUGUUCUUUUGAACCAACAAGUGCAAAGACUGGGCUCUAAACCCAGCUCGCUGGGACUUGGAAGUGGGAUGGAAAGACGCAACGGGUCCCCCGGUUCUGGAAAAUCAGCCGUGGCCCAACAGCAAACUGUGAGUGCAGUAAACAGUUCGGGGAAUUGCAGUACAAACAGCAGUAACAACACAGCAGCUCAUCAGCACAUGAACAGAACUAAUGGAGGAGUUACGCUCUAUCCAUACCAGAUCUCGCAGAUGUUGUCAGAGGCGUCCAGGGAAGGUUUGAGCGAGGCUGCCCUGAACCGCUACAACACGUACUCCCCUUCGCACAGCAACUCGACACCACACACAAACUCACCCUCGCACACGGCGGCGACCACCAGCACGUCACAGACCACCGGCUCGUCCUCCACCUCCUUCUUUGCCAGAGCUGCACAAAAACUGAACCUAACAUCUAAGAAAAAGAAGCUGAAGGCUGCCACGUCGGUGCAGCUGCCCGUGACAUCGUCUUCGCCGACGUGCGACAGCCAAUUGUUCCCCACCAAUUUCAGCUCGGCCCUGCUAGCGGCCCCGCCCCCGGCCCCGCCCUGCCUUCUCCGUGCGGCCAAUAAGAUCAAAGACACACCUGGUCUAGGAAAGGUAAAAGUGAUGGUGCGCGUGUGUCCGGCAUCUCAGUCAGGCGCGGCCGAGUCGAGUUCUUUCCUCAAAGUGGACCCCAGAAAGAAACAGAUCACUAUCAUGGACCCGUCGGCCAAUCAGACGCCAAGUGUCGCCUCCCAGAAGAGAGCGGUGGCCGGCCAGGUCCCGCCAAAGAUGUUCGCCUUCGAUGCUGCCUUCCCUUCUGACGCGUCGCAGGCGGAGGUGUGCGCCGGAACAGUCGCCGAGGUGAUUCAGUCGGUGGUGAACGGAGCAGAUGGAUGCGUCUUCUGUUUCGGACACUCCAAGCUGGGCAAAUCCUACACCAUGAUUGGGCGCCACGACUCCCUGCAGACGUUGGGUAUCAUCCCCUGUGCCAUCUCCUGGCUCUUUAAGCUCAUCAACGAGAGGAGGGAGAAAACAGGGGCGCGCUUCUCUGUGCGGGUGUCCGCAGUUGAGGUUUGGGGCAAAGAGGAGAACCUGAAGGACCUACUUUCUGAGGUGGCCACUGGCAGCUUGCAGGACGGACACUCCCCCGGAGUCUACCUGUGCGAGGACCCCAUCUGUGGCAUGCAGCUCCAGAACCAAUCCGAACUGCGCGCUCCGACGCCAGAGAAGGCGGCCUGGUUCUUGGACGCGGCCAUCGCGGCUCGCCACAGCAACCAGCGUCCCGACACCAGCGAAGAAGACCACAGGAACUCCCACAUGCUGUUUACGUUGCACAUUUAUCAGUACCGCAUGGAGAAAACGGGCAAAGGAGGAAUGUCGGGAGGUCGCAGUCGCCUCCAUCUGCUGGACCUCGGCAGCUGCGACGUCAGCGUCCUCGGAGGCGGAAUGGUCGGGAAGGGCAGGGAGAACUCUUCGCCUGGCUCGGGCCCUCUUUGCCUUUCCCUGUCAGCGCUCGGCAACGUCAUCCUGGCCUUGGUCAACGGGAGCAAACACAUCCCGUGCAAGGACAGCAAGCUGACCAUGUUGCUGAGGGAGUCGCUUGGCAACAUGAACUGCCGCACUACCAUGAUCGCCCACAUCUCGGCCUCCCCCGGGGAUUUUUCGGAAAGCCUCUCCACCAUCCAGAUCGCGUCUCGUGUCCUCCGCAUGAAGAAGAAAAAAACAAAGGUCACCGUGCAGUACACCUCCAGCUCCUCUGGAGGAGAGAGCUCCUGCGAGGAGGGUCGCAUGCGUCGGCCCACUCAUCUGCGCUCUUUCCAUCACCGCGGCGACCCCAACUCAGACCUCCCGCUGCUGCGCCUGUCCAGCGACCAGGACGAGCAGUAUUCGAGCAGCGAGCAGUCGUGCGACACCGUCAUUUACGUGGGUCCCAACGGGGCCGCCGUAUCAGAUCGAGAGCUGACAGACAACGAGGGUCCUCCGGAGUUUGUGCCGAUUAUUCCCACCCUGCUGCGGGCGAAAACCUCCGAGACGCAGCAAAGUCAGGCGAUCCAGAAGCAGGUGCAACCCGAGCCCGAGGGCCAGGGCCAGGACCAGCAAGGGGGUUUACUUCAAGCGCAGCCCGCUCAAUCCGUACUCGGACAACCAUUGGCCCCCGUCCCUGAGGAGGGAGGCGAGUGCCUAAAAUGUAACACCUUUGCUGAGCUGCAGGAGAGACUGGACUGCAUUGAUGGCAGCGAGGAGGUGGCAAAGUUUCCCUUUGAGGAGGUUCUAGUCUGUAAACAAGGAUCCAAAGAUCCGUCUUUCCCUUCUGCGCAUUCAGUCGCUCCUGCUGAGACUGCGUCUGCAGCCCCAUUGGAUGCAGAGGCCAAAAGAGCAUCAAAGUACCCGUUAAACAAUACUCCUCCAGGAGGUGCAGUCCAGCUCUCCUCCUCCUUAACGGAGACCUCGAGAAGGAAGACAAAUGACGAGCAGCUGCAGGAUAUCAAGGAAGUCGUGGAGGAGGCGGAGCUGGCUCAGACCAUGAUCCACAGUCUGGCUCAGAGUUCUGGGUCUGCCCUCAUGUCUGGGUGUAGGAAUGCGACAGGAAGCAACCCCUCGAACCCUUUUCACAGGGCCAAGGCCUUGCACCAGCACGACGGUCGCGAGAGUGUCCCCACGGGAGUGAACUCCGACGCAAAGACACGACCACUCGGGUCCCCACGCCUUGGCGUCGCCAGCUUGGCCAAAACCUCAGACUACAGGCCUCCGUCCUCGCCGACUCAGCGGUGUAAAGUGUAUACUCAGAAAGGAGUGAUACCAGCGACAUCCCCGCUGUCUUCACACACCUUGGGUCAGGAUGGACAAGCAACUGAGGCUUUGACCUCUGACAACAGUCUGGCUGCAGACAGUGGCCGCUCUUCCACUGAGUGCCCGCUAUCCAGAACAUCUCCUCUUGGUAUGAGUCCGCAGGUCAAAGACCCAAGGCCAAACCUGUCUGCCAGCCUGGGCUCAGCAGAAACCCUCUGUGACGAUGAUGUACCUCCGAUACCCUUGGACACACACAGGGAUGGACUAGCUGGGCAUCACUUGCUGUGUGACGAUCGAUUAGUAUACACGGGGGCUUUUGGAGAAGAGGAGGAUCUCGAUGACGCAGCCCUCAUGACGACACAGAAUUUAACCUGCCGCCCGCCGAGCAUCAUCAGUUUCAAUAGCGACUGCUGUUCUGUGGACGGCCAGCCCGUCGUAGCCCUCAUGAGCUCCGUUGAGGAUGACGAUGCAGACAGCUAUCAUCCGAUUGCAACAAGCUGUGGAGUUACAGAUGUUGUUGCCAAGGCAGAGGUCGCAUUGGCUAAGCUGCGCAAGGAGGGGGAUACAACAGCUUCAGUGAUGUCCCCUAUCUCUUCCUGGAUGAGUGAUCUGAGUGGGUGCAGUGAAGGUGAUCACUCGCUCCACAGCUUCAGCCAGUCCCAAAGUCAGCAAGGGGAAGCCCUUGCUGAACCCAACCAAAUUUCCUUUGGAAUGGAUGCGUCAGGAGAUAUCAGUAGCAGUGAAUGUUUUAGACGAGGAACUUUGGAGGGAGAGGUGUCAGAGAACAGAUGGGAGAAAGGAAGGCCAACCAAGGACACAUUGAGAAAACUACCUCCAUCUAUGGCUAAAACAACCAUCCAGGCCUUGACAUCACUCGGGAACGUCUCUACCUUCAAGACGCCAAUCAGUGCUCACUCAUGUGUCGCCAUCAAACAGAUGGCCAUGCAGGAACCUACGAUCUCCUCCUCACCAAUAAAUUUCAGCCCACAGCAUUUAGCUUCCGUCUCCCAUGAGAUGAGCUUUGAGGACCCCUGGCUGGUGCGUGGUAUGGAGGACGGGAGGCCCAAAGAGGAAGUCUGGCCAGUGAAGAAGGAGGUGGAGCAUUCAAAGAAGAUUGAAGCAGAUUGCAAUGAGAACCUUGAGAAUUUCUGCAGGGAUGAAUUGGAAGAUCACGGUGGCCCAAGCGCAGCCCCCGAGGUGGUGUCAUCUCCAGACUCUUUAAAGAGAGUAGUGGAUGGCUGUGAGAUGGCUGCUGCUGUUGGCCAAGAAUCGUGCUUGGGUGAUAACUACAACCCAGAAAUCCAUCGGACUGCCAGUCUCCCUCGUGCAUGGCAUCGCCUGAACCGCCAGGACGGCUUAGAUAACACAACGGAGUACAAGUAUGUUGGUGCCACCUCUUCAACCCCCUGCAGUCCCCGUGCCACCCUUGACCGCAGAGGGUCAACUGGAAAACAAGGCUUUUUCUCGAACAAGAAGGGCGGGAUCCCCCCCUUACCACCAGUACGCAAGUCCAGCCUAGACCUGCGCAACAGGGCAGCCAGUCCUCUACACCAGCCCAUCCAUGAGGUUUCAACGGUGGACAGCUUUUCAGAUGAUGCAUGUGGUACCAGACAACAUGGCUCCAGUAUAGACAGUAGCAAACUCUUUACUGCAAAGCUGGAGCAACUUGCAAGCAGAACUAACUCUCUAGGCCGAGUCCACAGUGGCUCGCAUCACUAUGACUGCUUCUCCCUGGAAAGGGUUGAGAGCGUCAGAGGGGGAGGGUCAAAGGGAGACGCUACCAUGCCUCGUACCGGCCGCAGCCUCACUCGUGCUGGAAAUGGCUUCGGAGGCAGUCCUGGUCCGAGCAGCGCCCCGCAGUCCCCUGCCAAAUCAAGCGGCCAGUCAAAGAUCUCAGCUGUCAGUAAACUGCUUAUGACCAGCAGUCCCAAAGCCAGGAGUCUCUCAGCCUCCAGCACCAAAACUCUCAGCUUUUCGACUAAGUCUCUGAGCCAGGCCUCCAGUAGAAGCUCAAGCCUUCCCCCUAAUGGAAAGCCACAGGCCAAUAUCCAGGCCGCUGUGCAGCAGCAAGGACCCUCUCCUGCAUCGUGGUCUACGCAAUCCUUGAGCCGCAGCCGAGGGGGAAGUUUUGCCGCCAAGCUGCCCCUGCGGGCCGUCAAUGGCCGCAUCUCGGAGCUUCUCCAAGGUAGUGCCAGUUCACGUUCCAGAAAUCAUGCCCAAGGAGGAGCUGUGAAUCCAGCAGAGGAUAAAGCGGUUGAAGGGGCAAGUGGAGGGGCACCGGUUGCCGGUGUUCCUGGAGGAGGCCCAGGGGAGGAAAGAGCAGCAGCAGCCCAAACCCUUCCCUCUCCUUAUAGCAAGAUCACCGCUCCGCGAAAAGCACAUCGCUGCAGCAGUGGUCACGCCAGCGACAACAGCAGCGUCCUGAGCGGUGAGCUUCCCCCGGCCAUGGGGAAGACGGCCUUGUUUUAUCACAGCGGAGGCAGCAGCGGCUACGAGAGCAUGCUGAGAGACAGCAGCGAGAACACGGGAAGUACUUCUUCCGCUCAAGACUCGCUCAGUGAGCACAGCUCGGCCACCACCUCCUCCAGACGCAGCUCCAAGAGCAACAAGAAGAGCAGGAACAACGUCGGACACUUGGGAGGACUCCAGCGUCGUCGUCUGAUUCCCGCACUGACCUUGGACUCGUCGUCGUCUCCCCACCGCUCCUCCAAACAGGCCGCAACGUCCUCUUCUUCCUCCUCCUCCAGCCCAGGUGCAUGCUGGGUGGACGGACCUCUGGGGCCGCCCGCCUCCGCAACCCUGCGAGGUCCGGCGGCCACCGGGGAGGCCUUUGAGAUCAAAGUGUACGAGAUUGACGACGUCGAGCGCCUGCAGAAGAGGAGGGACAAGGCCUGUCACAAGGGGACGGUGCACGUCAGCGGCAAACUUCGCCUGCUGGAGCACCGUCAGCAGCGCAUCAGCGAGGUCCGAGCCAAGUAUCAGUGUUUGAAGAAAGAGUUGGAACAGACCAAACAGCACCUGAUGCUGGAACCCCACACGUGGACUGCAGAGUUCGAGCUGCAGCAGGUCUACGAGGCGGAUUCGCUGGAGUAUUUGGAAGCUCUGGAGACGGUGACAGACAAACUGGAGAACAGAGUGAACUUCUGCAAGGCUCACCUCAUGAUGAUCACCUGCUUCGAUGUGUCGUCCAGGCAUCGGUAGACAGGCUGCCCGUCAGUAUCGAAACUGCUCCCAAAUUAAAUGCGUCCCGUCUGGGAUACUCAAACGACUUCUCGUGAUGGAUUGACCCAAUACUUCUCACUUCUUCUCCACUUGUAGGUGACGGACGAAUCAAUUAGAGAUGUACUGAGAAAGUAAGUGGCCAUCGGGGAGAGGCUGUCUGUCCAUAUGGAAGGAUUUGAAAAAGCUGUUUCCGAGGAAGCUUAUAAACAACUUUACUGGUGCCGCUGAAACCAUACUGCCGUGUUUUUUUGUUUUUUAAUAGCAUCUUCUAUACGGCUCCACGAGAAGUACAAAACGAGAAUUUGGGGCUCACAGCAUUUCCAGUUGUGAAGUUUCAGAGCGAAAGUUAGAGUGAGAAGGACAAACAUCACGGGGGGAAAAGUGCCUUGUUCAAAUGUCAACAAUACCAAGAGGAAUUAUGGUAUCGCCUCGACAUUGUCAACAUAUAUGACGGUGCUAGCAUAGUAAAACAUACAAAUGAUGAGUGUCUUUGAUAGAGUCGUUGAAAUGUGAUGUACAACUGUGGAUCGUCGUUCCCUUAUAUGGUGAAACAUCCUGAUGUGCAGGGCUCGAGUGAGCGUUAACAUUCAUCCAGUUGGGGGUGUGUAAUAUUCUUUAUGAAUCCAUUUUCUAUGGUGGACGGAUGGUCAACAUUGCUGGGUACUUAUGGAGAAACAACGAUUUAUACCCACAUUCACACCAAUGGAAAAUUCGUUUUUCAAUCGACCAGACGUACAUUACAGGAUGUUUUUGUUGUAUUUUUCACAAGGAAUGCGCAGAACGCUAUUACCAAUUACCGUUACAUUCAAUAAGUGAGCAGAUCUGUGCCCCAUCAAACUGUUCGCGGUGUAAAACAAAAAGUAGUACAGUGGUGCCUUGAGAUACGAGUUUAGUUCGUUCCAUGACCAUGUUCGAAACUCAAAACACACUUUGCCCAAUGAAAUGGGUGGAAAUCUCAUUAAUCUGUUCCACCCAACCCCGAAAAAGUGUUUUUUUUUUAAAUAAGGAAAAUAGCACUUUAUAAUGUAUAGAACAAAAUUAAGUAGAAUAUAAAGGAAUAAAUUUCUGUAUCAUAGUUAAAUCACUGUGGCCCCAUGGGCUCAACAAUCCCUGUUGUGCGUGACAAGAGAUUUACUUAACUACUGUACAUCACUCAGUAGUCUGCAGUCAUAUUAGUCAUUUUUUCCAGAUGAUAAAUAUCCCAGAGAGUAUGAUUAUAUUGUCUGUCUACUUGUGUUGCUACACUAUUUAUAUUAAAAUAUUCGCCGAUCAAAGGGUUAUACGCCACUACAUUAUCUGUAUGUUUUUAGCCCAUGUGUGGCAUUUUCUAUCGUUAGAAUUAGGUUAGCGGGGGCGCUUCCUAAAGCAAAGUUGUUUGGUCUUUUCAAAUACAUGACGUGUAAUUCUCUGUUUUGUUUAGUAAGACAGAUAACUUUCACUGGGAGUGGCAAACUGAAGAUUUUUUCUGAAGAUUUGUUUCACUAUCUGCCAGAUUGCUGCUUGUUGUGCUAAAGUAAAAGUCACUGUUGUCUCAAGGCAUCACUUCUUUUGUGUAUGAGGCAGCACAUCACCCAUAAAACAGCAAGGCUAUUAAAAAAAAAAAAAAAAAAAGACAGACUCCUCUCAUCUAUUUUGAGCCAUCCCGUCAAGCUCAAGUGAUAACUCGAACCUCGCUCAUACAGGAUGUUUAUUAUAUGUUCAGGACACUGGUGAAGAGACUUACAUUUUUUGAUUCAAGAAAAGAAAAAAAAAGCUAAAAGUACAAAUGUAAUCAGGUUAUUUAUAAAACCUCAAAAGGGACCAAUAAUGCAAUGCAAUUUAAGUCAGCACGCGAUGAUUAAAGCGAUAAAAAGGAAAAAAAAAAGGUUUUUGUGGGGAGGGCGGGGUGGGGUUUAAGCUUGUUUUUGUAUUCCAAUUUUCCUAUGCUGCUCACUGAUGUCGUACGGAUGUGAUGAUGUUUCAAUGUUCACGAAGCAGUGAGACAAGCCGGAAUGUGUCUGUCUUUCUGCUCGGUGCAUCCAUCGGUUUGACACUUGUCUGUGUUUUGUAUCCGUGUUGGUCAGCUCUACUUGUAAAGAAACUCAAUGACUUGUUCAUGUGUGUGUUUUAUAACAAUUGAAGGCAAUGGGACCAUGGAGACGAUAGCUACAUUCCGCAUGACCUGGGCGAUAUGAAACGUUGUCACAGUUAAUCUAGGUGAUGGUUUUUCCCAACAUUAUUUGUUGGAUGUUCAACACAUCAGCGAAUCAAGCCUUCCCGCAGAUCAUUUUCACAAUUGGAGAACGUCUCGGAGGCUUUCAAUUGGAUGAAGCCCAUUUCACGGCUUAUUGGUUCGUCAUUAGUAUUGGUAUCGAUUUGUCAUGGAAAAUAUAUAAGUAUUACAUUUCUAAAAUGUUAUGAUAUAGUCUAGAAAAUAUAAUAGGAAGGAAUUACAGCCAGGAAAAGCCAAAGGGUUUAGCAGUCUGAUCAUGGCUGUGAAUGCAAAUAAAUAUUCUGAUUGGGGGGGGGGAUUUAUGCCAAUGAAAGAGGACUGAAGUUAAGAGGAAAAAGAUGAAAUGACAAGCAGUAAUCUCUGCUGGGUUCCAUGUCUUUUACAUAUUUUAUAUCUUUCUGUAUGGUGCUUGGAAUGUUUAUGCUCUAAAUGUUUGUACAAAUCUAAAUUAUGAAAAAAAAGAGUCAGUUUGUGUCUGAAAUAACCUUUAAAACGAACAAAAAAAAAACUUUAACGUCACUAUUGAAGCUUCGGUAGUUAACUCCGCUCCUUCCUCCUGAGCGAUUUUGUUUCUAAGUGUUCAACGUACGCCAAAUCGGAGGAGAUAACGUGACGGUCGCGGUAAAUAUACUGGGUGAGGUUUGGACCUUUUCAUGGCUGGCUGACUCGGUCAAAAGUCAUUUAUCUGCACACCCCGAGGCAGGCGGGAGCUCAUCUCCUGGGAACAUAGCGGGAAAAACUCAAGUAUGUUUGAUAAACUGUCAUUGUGGUGUGUUUAUACGGAGGGUGCAAAAUCACAACCUUUGCUAUUUUCUUUCUCAUAGUGAUUCAAUGUCUAUUUAUUUUAGCUAUUAAUGUGUAUUUAUUUAAGCCUUACGACGUUUCAAGGUUACUAUGCAUUUCAAAGUAAAAAAAAAAAAAAAAAAAAAGAUAACUGUAUAUACUUUACCAAACACCAAUAUACUAAAUAUAAUGAUACGUUUCAUAAUGAUUUAGCUGGAACUGACAAGAAAUAGACAACCAACGUAAGAGGUAUUAGAAAAAUGGUAUCCCCAAUAAUGUAUUAAAUAGCUAUUAAAAGCAUUUUGGCAACAUUUUCCAUGAUAAAAAUAAGUUUGAUUUGGCUAGAAACCAUCGGGAUGGUUAAAAGCAUCAUCACUAACAACAGAAAGGGAAAAUGUCAAUGCAAAUUUGAGCCAGAUGAUACCAGUUAAAUGCAUUUUAAAAUAUGUCCAGGUAUGCAGAAUUGAGAGUCCAACUGUAUAUACUGUACACAUUUAUAUACUAGAAUUCCUUUUGGCCAUAUUGAGGAUUGAAGACUAAAAUGAAAAAGUGGAAAAUGCUUCAAAGAAAUGUUAGUACAUGUAACAGUACGAACCACAUUGUAGUGCGCUUUGGGAAUGCUGAUGUUCAAGAUGGUUAAUGGCCAAAUCUCUGUAUGACGUUAGAGGAUGUCAGAUUUCAGAACUAUUGAUUUGUAAAUCAUGAUGCUGUUACAUUAAAAAAGAAAAAAAGUUAACCUACAUCUCAGAUUAUUUGUACAAGUCUGUUUUUUUUUUUUUUUAAAUCAUUAUUUUGUUUGUUUUUUCAGUUAAGUGCCAAUCCGCGAAACAGCGAGCUCAGUGUGAAAAACUCACAAGUACGUCAAGUGUGAUAUUCUCCGUGCAUGAUUCGAGGCUGGGCCUGUCUUUUGACAGUGUGCUGGUAGAACAACAACAUGGUCGAAUGUAAAUAAAGGAAUGUAUUCAAUAAAUCUGACGUGCAUUCGAUUUUUUGCAAUACAAUCUCCCAAUCAAUUUAUAAUGUUGAAUAAUAUUGGGCAUCAAAUUAUAAUAAAUGCAU